AUGAUGCGACAUUCCCUGUGUUUAUCUACUUCAUUUUGGAAGGGGUUUGGAGUUUUGGAACGGAAUGGAUUGUGCGUGUGUUUAAUUGCUCAAGGCCCGCCAGUUGCAGAACAAUGUGUACUCAGGUUGCUACGUACUGCUGGCUUCUCACGCCUAGACACACGGGUCAGCCAACGUCAUUAUCCGCAAUUGAUCCUUGUAAGAUUAGAGCAUCAUCCAAUGGGACGCCCAAACCAGGCUGGCUCUUGUGCAAUGGAUCUACACCAGGCUGAAGAAUGCAUGCUGCCAGCAGACGGCUUUGUACUGAUGAACGAAAAGGCGUCAAUUGCUGCCUUAGACUUUGUCAGGCAGGUCGAGGAGGACAUGGACCUCCAAUGGAAGGAAAGCAAGGAGUCGGAGAGCUGGCGAUCGAAGCUGGCCUUUCUCAAACCACCAACUGGAAUGGUUGUGGACGAACUGCGUGAGAUGAAAGAGAAGGUGUCAAGAGAGAAUGCUGAAGCUCGACUAUCCCAGGAUGCCAAAGAUGCAAAACGAAGAGAAGCUCAGUUGGAAUCGCUUGGAGAGAAGUCUAGCACCGGGCUGCUACCACGAAGAUUUGCAGCAGCCUGCAUGGUUCGCUUCCGCUUGGUGUUUGGCCCUUACAGAAAGUGUGAGUCGGACACUUUUUACAUUUGUGUGGGUGGUCUCUCUACAGGAACGGCAACAUUUGCAAUUAGUCAGAACAUUAAAGUCUGUAGUCAUCCGUGCCAGCAUUGGAGCCAAGGUGCUUGA